AUGCAGAAGAUGGACUCGAGGCUUAUGGAAUUACCUUCACUCUGGGAAAAGGCACUGAAGUUGAUGAUUGUCUGUGCUGUGAAUGCCCUGGCCCACCAUGUGCUUAACAAGGAUCUCAGGGACAUUGUUGGUAACUUCAGAGGCUUCUAUAGGCAGCUCACGAGUGAUGGGCAGCUCAGAUGGAUCGGUCCCAAGAAAGCUGUUGUGCAUCUGGCUACAGCGGCCAUCCUCAAUGCUGUGUGGGACCUGCGGGCCAAGCAGGAAGGAAAGCCUCUUUGGAAGUUACUUGUUGACAUGGACCCCAGGAUGCUGUUCUGCAUAGAUUUUAGGUACAUCACUGAAGUCCUGACUGAAGAGGAAGCCUACGAAAUAUUACAGAAAGGUCAAAAAAGAGAGAGCUUAGCUACAGGCAAUUCUAAUUCUAAAGGUCCCUGGAAAACACAAAAUGUUGAUGGGCGUUGUAUUUCCACAGAAGGGCAAAUGCUGACACAUGGCUACCCUGCCUACACUACAACGUGUGCCUGGCUGGGGUACUCAGAUGACACACUGAAGCAGCUCUGCACAGAGGCGUUGAUGGACGGUUGGACCAGGUUUAAGGUAAAAGUCGGUGCCAAUCUCCGGGAUGACAUCCAUAGAUGCCGACUCAUCAGAAAUAUGAUUGGACCUGAGAAGACUUUGGGUCUCUCUUUACAAAUGAUGAAUGCCAACCAGUGCUGGGAUGUGCCCGAGGCAGUGGAGUGGAUGUCAAACCUGGCUGAGUUCAAGCCACUGUGGAUUGAGGAGCCAACUUCCCCUGAUGACGUUCUGGGACAUGCCACCAUCUCCAAGGCAUUGGUCCCAUUAGGAAUUGGCAUUGCCACAGGAGAACAGUGCAACAAUAGAGUCCUACAGGCGAAGGCCCUGCAGUUUCUCCAGAUUGACAGCUGCAGGCUGGGAAGUGUCAAUGAGAACCUUUCAGUGUUGCCGAUGGCCAAAAAGUUGGAAAUUCCUGUUUGCCCCCAUGCUGGUGGAGUUGGCCUUUGUGAAUUGGUGCAGCACCUGAUUAUAUUUGACUUUAUAUCAGUCUCUGCAAGCCUUAAAAACAGGAUGUGUGAAUAUGUUGACUACCUGCACGAACAUUUCAAGUAUCCUGUGAUAAUCAAGAAUUCUUCCUACAUGCCUCCUCAGGAUGCUGGUUAUUCCACAGAAAUGGAGGAAUCUGUAAAGAAAUACCAAUAUCCAGAUGGUGAAGUCUGGAAGAAACUCCUCGCUGCUAAGGGGAAUUAAGUGUUCAGUCCUAACACACCCUUUUCUUUUUUAAGUAAAAAGGUUUAAAAUUUCUUGGGCAUGGUUUUACAAAAAUAUGGGGGGAAAAAAUCAUCCUACCAAUCAAAACAAAUUCAGCCGAAAGUCAUAUUAACUUUAGGGAUCAGCCCAGUAAUCAUUAAUUUAGCUGAUAAACACACAUUCUCCUACUUAAUCCUUAAACAAAUUUAGAUUUAACUAAUUUAAAGUCCAAGAAGAUGUUAAAAUUUCUAGCAAGUGCUGGUACCCAGACAUUCAGCUGUACUUUGAAAAUAAGCAGCAUGUUGCGUAAUUUGUUGGAACAAUUCCUUAUUCUAUUUAACACUUGUCAUAAAUUAGCAGAAUAAAAAUAGUUCUGCAGCACCAUGGGGUAUCUGGUGUGCAACGAAGAUAAAAAGAUCCCGCUGAUUAGCUCUGAAACGGUUUAGCACUUUUCCUGAUAAGUCUAAGCACAUUACAGGAUAUAUACCACGCUGAAACUGACGAGGGCAAAACGCUAUUUCAGUAUCUUUUAUAACCCUUUAAAAAAUACUUUUCCUAAAUAAUUAUAUUUUAUAGAUAAAAUGCAGCUAGAAUUAGAUGAAUCAUAGACAAACAGGGAAAAAUAUAGUUUAGCCAGCA